CCGAAACGCGGAACUGUUUGUCGACCGGUGCGAUUGCGAGCACGCGUCGCGACUCUCGCGCGCAACUUUUCUUAAUCAAAAAUUAAACACAAGACUUUUCAUCUCACCAGCAACAAAAACCAAAACAUAUUCCAUCGGCGAAAAAUCAAACAGAACAAUUUAAUGAAGAGUAACUUUUACGGCGGUUUUAAUUGAAAACAAAGUCAAACUUUAACGGAAAACUUUUCGUUUUCGCUUGUUUCGCUUUUAAUGCACAGCAAUAUAAUCUGCCUCAACAUGAACGAGUGCUUGAACAAAUUAAAAAUGUCAGUGACCAAUCACGUAUUGCCUUCGGCGGCACUCCAACAGAAUUCCACCAACGGGCAACAUCUGCAACAACCGCAUCAACAACAACGUCGUUGUUCAUUUCGCGAUCCAUCAAAUUCUACAAUGAAGAAACCGCUGCGCAUUCGGAAUGUUGGCACAAGGGCGGAUUCUAUUGACACGUUAUUCUACAGUCAGAAAAAAAUGGAAACGCCGUGCAGUAACGAUUUGUGUCUUGGAAGUUGUAUGACAUACUUAAAUCGAGAUACUAAUGAAGUUCGCACAACAGAUCAAGUCCUGGAGCAAGCUAAAGAGUUCAUCGUGCAAUACUUCACAUCUAUCCGAAGAUUAAAUAGUCCUGCACACGUGGCACGCCUAGAACAAAUCGAAAAAGAACUCAAAACAACCGGCACUUAUCAACUGACAGAAACCGAGCUUGUUUUCGGCGCAAAAUUGGCCUGGAGGAAUUCAGUGCGUUGUAUUGGCCGUAUACAAUGGUCAAAACUACAGGUAUUUGAUUGCCGAUCCGUAACGACGACGAGUGGAAUGUUUGAAGCACUUUGCAAUCACAUUAAAUACAGCACGAAUAAAGGCAACAUUCGAUCGGCCAUUACGAUUUUUCCGCAACGCACAGAUGGAAAACAUGACUUCCGCAUAUGGAACCAACAGCUAAUCAGCUAUGCUGGCUGGAAACAACCAGAUGGCAGUGUCAUCGGUGAUCCGCAAUUUGUCGAGUUUACAGAACUGUGCACAAAGCUGGGCUGGAGAGGCGCCGGUACGAAAUUCGACGUGCUCCCGCUUGUCCUCCAGGCGAACGGACACGAUCCGGACUACUUUGACGUUCCACCGGAGCUGGUCCUCGAAGUGCCACUCAAGCAUCCCACAUUAGAAUUCUUUGAGAAAAUGGAGUUGAAAUGGUACAGCGUGCCGGCGGUGUCAAGUAUGCUAUUCGAUUGCGGAGGGUUGCAGUUCACCGCGUCGCCAUUCAACGGCUGGUACAUGAGUACCGAGAUCGGCUGUCGUAAUCUAUGCGACUAUUAUCGAUACAACAUUCUUGAGACGGUUGCGCACGGAAUGGGCCUGGACACUCGGUCGCCUGUGUCACUAUGGAAGGACAAAGCAAUGGUUGAGGUUAACCUCGCAGUGUUGCAUAGUUUCCAGGCGAAGGGUGUAACUAUAGUUGACCACCACACCGCUUCGGAAUCUUUUAUGAAACACUAUGAAAAUGAGCAGCGUUUACGGAGUGGUUGUCCUGCUGAUUGGGUAUGGAUAGUCCCUCCACUUUCCGGUUCUGCUACGCCUGUCUUCCAUCAAGAGAUGGCGCUGUAUUUCAUGCGUCCUAGUUAUGAAUACCAGGAUCCGCCGUGGAAAACGCACGUGUGGAAGAAAACUCGUGAAUCCGGAAAGGCGCUACGUAAGCAACCACGGAAAUUCCACUUCAAACAGAUUGCGAGGGCCGUCAAGUUCACAUCAAAGCUUUUCGGCAAGGCGCUCUCGAAGCGAAUCAAAGCCACAGUGUUGUACGCGACCGAAACCGGCAAAUCUGAGAGCUAUGCGAAGAAAUUAUGCGAGAUAUUCGGGCACGCAUUCAACGCACAAGUCUACUGCUUGUCUGACUACGACAUUACAAGCAUCGAACACGAAGCUUUACUUUUGGUGGUCACGUCUACCUUCGGUAAUGGGGAUCCACCCGAGAACGGCGAGGAAUUCGCUAAAAAUCUCUACGCGUUGCGAGUGCACAAUCCAAGCGGAAGUGUUGUUAACGGUGAUGAAAAAUUACGUCAAACAAUGGCGUCGUCGAAAUCUUUCAUCAAAGCCAACAGUCAAAUAGACAUCAACGUGCGGAGAUUGGAUCGGUACGAUUCGGUGAAAGGUUCUGUAAGUGAGACGAUUCUAGAGGAUGAUUUUGGUCCACUUAGCAACGUCAGAUUUGCUGUGUUUGCGCUCGGUUCAAGCGCCUAUCCGAAUUUCUGCGCGUUCGGGCAAUACGUCGACAAUCUACUCGGCGAAUUGGGCGGCGAGCGUUUACUUAAGAUGGUAUCUGGUGAUGAAAUGUGCGGGCAGGAGCAGGCUUUCCGCAAAUGGGCGCCGGAAGUCUUCAGGGUGGCAUGCGAUACGUUUUGUUUGGACGACGAUAACACAUUUUUGGAGGCGACGAUGACGCUGCAAACGGAAAAUCUCUCCGUAAAUACGGUGCGUUUCGUCGAUGAAAAACGUGUCGAAUUGACGCAAUCACUGGCGAAAAUCCAUAAUCGAAAGGUGCACGCGAGUAAACUGCUAGCGCGUAAAAAUCUGCACGGCGAAAAAGCCGAACGCACCACGCUGAAUUUGGUGUUCGAGUGUGAUUUGCUCUACAAUCCGGGCGAUCAUUUGGGCGUGUUUGCUCGCAAUCGACCCGAGCUCGUUGACAAAAUUCUCAACAAGCUCAUCCGCGCUGAGAAUCCCAAUGAAGUUGUACAACUGCAAGUAUUACAGGAGAAUCACACUCCGAAUGGUGUUGUAAAAACAUGGGUGCCACAUGAAAAGAUCCCAGCAUGCACUAUUCGGGAACUGUUUUCGGAGGUUUUGGAUAUAACAACACCGCCUACACCAAAUUUAUUACAGCAUUUCUCAUCGAUAGCAACGAAUGAUGAGGAAAAGAAACGUUUGGCGCUGUUGGCGACUGAAUCCGCUGCGUAUGAAGACUGGAGACAUUGGCGUUUUCCUAAUUUAUUAGAAGUCCUCGAAGAGUUUCCUUCGGUGAAACCUGAUGCGCCAUUGUUGGUAGCGCAACUCAGUUUGUUACAACCAAGAUUUUAUUCGAUUUCAUCAAGCAAGAAUAUUAAUCCAGGGCAGAUUCACUUGACUGUAGCUGUUGUAGUCUACAGGACACAAGAUGGUGAAGGUCCAGUUCAUUAUGGCGUAUGCUCCAGUUUCCUCCAAGAUGUCCCGGAAGGCGAGCACGUGAACCUAUUCGUUCGAAGGGCGCCUAAUUUCUAUCUUCCAUCAGAUUCAACACGACCGAUUAUCCUGGUCGGUCCGGGGACGGGUAUCGCCCCGUUCCGGGCCUUCUGGCAGCAGCGGCUCAGCCUGCUCGAGGGCAAAGCGGAGCUGGGUAAGUGCUGGCUGUUCUUCGGGUGUCGCGCCAACGAAUUGGACCUGUACAAAGAGGAGAAGGAAGAAAUGCGGCGCAAAGGUGUAUUGACGCGUGUUUUCUUAGCAUUAUCGCGUGAACCCAACGUCAAAAAGACGUACGUGCAGGACUUGGCCUUGGCCGAAGCGGCCGAAAUCUAUAAAAUGUUAGUGUUGGAACGUGGUCACUUUUAUGUCUGUGGUGAUUGCACAAUGGCGGAACACGUUUAUCAAACCUUAAAGACCAUAAUACAGAAGCAUGGUAACUUGAGUGAAGAGCAAAUGGAAGGUUUAAUGCUUAAAAUGAGGGAUGAAAAUCGUUAUCACGAAGACAUUUUCGGUAUUACUUUGCGAACGGCUGAGGUACACAAUCGAUCCAGAGAAUCGGCCCGUAUCCGAAUGGCCUCCGAUGGUGUCUGAUAACAGAUUAUAUGAUAACACAGUUUUAAUUCUUAACACAACUAAACUAACUAACCAAAAAAUUCACAUUUCUAAUGCAUAACGAUUUCAGGUAAGCAAUAAGUAUAUUAAUAAAUGACUAACAUUCUUCAAGGAUUUCAGAAUGCAAAUGAUCGCGAUUUUUAUUAAAGCUAUAUAAAUAUCAUGUACAGGGUGUUUAAGUACAUUUAGGUACUUUAAGUUUGGAACCAAAAGAUAAAGUUAAACAUAAUCAAAUUCUAUUGCACAAAUAAUUGUUGAAUAACUGAAUAACUGAGUUGAGUAAUUUAUAAACAGAGAACUAAUCAUUGAGCGUUAAAUUCUGGUUGUGUUGCGCAAUCUCAGGUAUGUGACAUUAAGGAACACCCUGUGCAAAUAUUAUAUCUAUCGAUUUAUCCAAGUAACAAUGGUGGCGUGUGUAUUGUACGUAUACAUAUAAAUAUGAGCGACGGCGGCGGCGGUGUUUAUUUGUUUGCAUGAGUAAAUUUCUAUGUCAUACUUCGAAGUGUUGUGGCUUUAAUUCUGGGAUUGAUAACUUCUCGAUAUACAUUCUCGCUGUGACUUAAUUGUAUUAUAUCAUGAUAUUGUGUGCGUACUGAGAACUGUAAGAAUCUUAUUGUAAUUGAAAUUUUAAUCAAAUAAUCAUCGAAAUAUUUUAACAA